AUGACUAUCACUAUGGUAAAUGAUGAACAAGUUGUUGGGAAGGUGAAUCUAAAAAGAAUUGCCCCAUCAUCUGGAGAGUCUUUUUUUACCAGUAGUAGUCUUUCUCCUACGGCCAACACAGUUUAUGAUAGGAAUAUUGAUGCGGGAUUAGACCAAAAUGCUACCUCACCAGACUCAAAUAUCGGUACUAAUACCAGUGCUAAUGAAACUCGGUAUAUUCCUCCUUGGACUCAACCGUAUAUUAUUGGGGUUGCCGGCCUUUCGGGCUCUGGGAAGACCUCGGUUGCAUCCAAGAUUAUUGAAGAAUUGAAUACUCCUUGGACAGUUUUGAUUUCUCUUGAUAAUUUCUACAAUCCUUUAACUCCGGAAGAGCGCGAAACUGCUUUCAGUAAUGAGUUUGACUUUGAUUCACCAAGUGCUGUCGACUUAGAUUUGUGUUAUGAGUGUGUGAAGAGUUUGAAAGAAGGUAAUAAGACCAAAAUCCCGGUGUAUUCGUUUUCCAAGCACGAUAGAACCGACAAGGAAAUCACAAUCUAUGGUGCUAAUGUGAUUAUUAUUGAAGGUAUUUAUGCAUUAUAUCAUCAAAAAUUGGUUGAUUUAAUGAAUUUGAAAAUCUAUGUGGACACAGAUUUGGAUAUAUGUUUGGCUAGAAGAUUAUCAAGAGAUAUCUUGUAUAGAGGAAGAGAUUUAGAAGGUGCAUUAAAACAAUGGUCCACCUUUGUCAAACCGAAUGCUGAUCUUUUUGUGAAGUCAACUAUGCAGCAAGCAGAUUUAGUGAUUCCAAGAGGUGCUGACAAUUAUAUUGCAAUCGAUAUGAUGAUCAAGCAUAUCCAGAAGCAAUUAUUGAGGAAGUCUAGAGAACAUUUGAAAUAUUUAGAGAAGUUGAAUAACAGCUUAAACAAAGUUGAAUUGAAAAAUAUUAUUAACUUGAUUGUGUUAAAAGAAACCAAUCAAAUCAGUGCUAUCAAUACCAUUUUAACCAAUAAGGCCACCAGUAUUGAUGAUUUCAUAUUUUUCUUUAAUAGAAUUUCAUCUAUAUUAAUUAGUAAAGCAUUAGAAUUGUUAACUUAUAAACCAUCAGAUAUUCCUAUCAUCACACCUACAAAUGUUCCCGUCGAUAAUGCCUUGGAAGUUGUUGAAGAAGCAAUUGCUGUGAACAUAAUUAGAUCGGGAGAUUGUUUCAUGAAUUCAUUGAAGAGAACGCAUCCGGAAAUCAAGAUUGGAAAGCUAUUGAUCCAAUCGGACAGAAAGACAGGAGAGCCUCAAUUACAUUCUAUCAUGUUGCCAAAAAAUGUUGGAGAUAAAUCAUUGAAGAAGAAAAUCCUUUUAAUGGAUGCUCAAAUUAUUAGUGGUGCAGCGGUGAUCAUGUCCAUCCAAGUUCUACUCGAUCAUGGGGUGACAAUGGAGGAUAUUAUCAUUGUUUGCUACUCAGCUACAGAGCAAGGUACAAGAAGAAUUUUGGCAGCAUUCAGUAAAGUCAAGAUUGUUUUGGCAAGAAUUGGAUCAAUGGAUGGUCGCAACAAAGAGUGUGAUAAUGACUGGUGGUUUAGGACUAGAUACAUUGACACUAUGUAUUAUGGAACUUAA